AUGAAAAUCACAUCGUCCACACCAGGUUAGAUACUUAGAUUUCUUUCAUAUAAUUGGGUUUUUGGCUUCUCAAAUCAUAUGUUCUUUUUGUAUUCUUCAGAUCCUUGUUUUUUCCCUCUAACUUUGCUUUUUCUAAUUUGUGUUUUGCUUUGGUUUAGCCGUUUAGGGUAAUAUGAAUCUCAUCGCAUCCGCUUUUUCUCUCGUAUGUUUUCUUGAAUCUCCUCGUAGGAUUUGUGUAUGUUGGUUUCAUCGAUUCUUCUAUGGUUUCAAAUUGCUUUGUUGUUUGAUUUUGAAUUUAGAGUUAGGUCUGAUUUAGUAUUUUUUUUAUUUUGCAAUUUGUCGAGAAAUUCCCUUUUCUAUGCUUUAAGUGAAUAUGAUAGUUCUUCUAUUAUAAAAGCAGAGAAAAGGAAAAGCCUUUGGGUUAGUCGUUGCCUUUUCUCUCUCCUGUUCUUCGCCCAGCUUCCAUGGAUGACGAUAAGGCAAUUGCUGUCACCACAUGUAUCCGAGAAUCGUGGCCAGUUUUGUUGCUUACGCGUCUUCUUUGCGUCUGCAUUGGGCUUCUCUAAACCAGCUGCUUCAGGUAGCACAGAAAUGUCAAAGCACGCUUGCUGACGUUGGAUCUGAAGGAGUUUCUUCACAAGAUCUACAAACAAACAGUAAUAUGGUUGUAACAGCUGGUCAUCAGCUUGCUAAGAGCUUGGAGUUACAAUCACUCAUUGACUUGGGAUUCUCUAAAAGAUAUGUUUAGAAUGAUAUGACUGCUCCAAUGCAACAUUAUUUCAUAUUUACAGGUCACAGUUCUUAUUUAACGGGGAUUCAACUAAGUAGCGACUGCAGUGAUGUACCAAUAAUCGUCAAGGCGUUGCAUAGAGGAGUCAAGGUGAUUGAAC